GGAGAUCCUACAAGAAUUGCUCUUGUGAAAAAAGCAGUAACCAGUGUUUGUGCCGAUGUCAUUGAGUAUCACCCAACCAUUAAAAAUUGGCACAUUGAAAGUUAUGGUAAAACAAAAGAGUUUCACAAUCCCAAAGCUCACCUUCGCUGUGGUCCUGGAAGUCGGUCUGAGAGUAGUCAGAAAGGAGCAGUCAGUCAGUCUAACAGCAGUCAGUCGCUGAGCGUUGUGGGUCUGAGAGCAAUCGGUCGGUCGCUCAGGGGGAGUGUUUAGCGUUGUGGGUCUGAGUGCAGUCGAAAAGGAGCAAGGCUGAUCUACGAGAAGUCGGUCGGUCAGUUGAAUGUGAAGGCUGAUCGCUGAAAGAGAGAUAGAGGAAGAGGUGGGCGGCUGAGUGAGUAAGAAGA